AUGCUGCAUGUCUGGAAUGCAGCGGGCGAAGAGCUGGUCUCGGUACCUGUAGAAGAGCUGAGUUCUGUGCGAAGCUUGAAGCGAGACUUGCAGAGGCGCUGUGGCUUUCCGAGAUUCCGGCAGGUCCUUAUGCAUGAAGGUAUUAUUCUGGAUGAUGGCGCAACAUUGGUCACGCCUGGGGAUGCUCAGGUGGUUCUGCUACCGUUCGCUCCAGCUUCCCAGGAGGACAUGCUGACAUUUAUAAUUGCCGUGCAGAACGGCCUCGUCCAUGACGUCGAGGAAAUUCUACGGCGUCCUCACGAUCCCAACAGACCCCGGACGGCUCUGGUUCACGCGUCCACUCGAGGCCACGUCGAGGUUGUGGGCUUGCUACUGGAAGCCGGGGCCGACAAAGACGGCACGGACAUAGACCGCACCACGGGUCUUCAGCACGCCUCUGGCAGAGGUCACAAGGAGGUUGUGCGAUUGCUGCUGCAGGCGGACGCAAACAAGGACCUCGCAGACUGUCAGGGGCGAACAGCUCUCAUGUACGCAUCUCAGCGUGGCCAUGCGGAAUGUGAACGGCUGCUGUUGAAGGCCAAGGCCGAUAAGGAAUUGGCCGACAAGGACGGUUGGACGGCUCUGAUAUAUGCAUGUUCACAGGGCACGGAAGAGAGCGUGGCCUUACUGUUGCAAGCUGGGGCGCAAAGUGACUUGGCUGACCAUCUGGAACGGACGGCUCUGAUCCAUGCCGCCAGCAGAGGCCAUGUGGAAAUAACCCGUCUUCUGUUAAAAGCCAGAGCCAGCACAGGUUUCGCUGACAUUGAUCGUACGACGGGGUUGGUACACGCCUCUGUCCAAGGCUAUGCAGCUGUUGUGCGUCUAUUGCUGGAGGCUCGUGCUGACGAAGAGUUGGUCCGAGAAACGGGCAAGACCGCGUUUCGUCGCGCAUGCGCACAAGGUCACAUGAAGGUAGCACGACUGCUGCUAGCAGCCAGAGUUGGUGGGGUACUCACCUCCUGGUGCGCAUGCUCUUCGAGAAGCUGGAGACGCCCAGGCAAGUUUGGGGUUCGCAGCCACGACGGGAUGCUUCCGGGAAGCACGUCCGCGGUCACCGCAUGGCAGGAAGAUGCAGCGGGUUGA